AUGCGGGUCGUUGCAGUAAUCCUUGCGCUGGCAGUCCUGUCAGGCUGCCAUGCCAGAAGUUUGCCAGAGGUCGACUGGGAAGACACUGUCGAAAAGUUUCAGGAGUAUUUCACAGAUGUGACCUUGAGAGCCGAUGAGAUGAUGAAGGACAUCAGAGCCUCUCAGAUCAGCAGAGAACUGGAAACCCUGAUCCUCGACAGUAUGUCUGAGCUGAACAUGUACACUGACGACCUGCAGACCAAACUGGCUCCUUACACUAAUGAGGCUGCACAGAAUUUUGGAAGGGACAUGCAGAAACUGAGCGACAAACUCCGCAAUCACAUGACCGACGCCAAGGAGCAACUGGAUAAGUACGUGGUGGAGCUGCAGACCAUGAUGGAGCAGAACGCAGAUGACGUCAGAACCAGGGUCCACUCCUACACCCGCAAGAUGAAGAAACGCCUCAACAAGGACACAGAGGAGAUCAAAAGGCAUGUAUCUGAGUACAUGGAGGAGCUCCAGACGCGCACCUCAAGCAACAUGGAGGACGUGAGGACACGCAUCGACCCUUAUUUCUCUCAGGUCCGUGACAACGCCCAGGCCAAGAUGACCACCCUGAAUGAUCUGCUGAAGUCUCAGAUAGAUGACAUGAAGGUCAAGAUUCAGACCACAGCAGAAGACCUGAAGGAACGUAUGGAGCAGACCACUGAAAACCUGCGCUCCGCACUGGACGAGAAGAUGGAGGAGGUCCGCAACUGGUUUAGGCCUUUUGUCUCCAUGUUUGAUGAAUACAUGUAAACUCUGGACUGUCAGUUCACCCAUCACCUCCUGUUUAACAUCUGCUUCUGUAAAUGAGUUUGAAACGGUUCAUCAAUAAACAG